CCUUGUUUAAAUUUAGCGCUGAGCGAAUACAAUCUUAUAAUUCUAUAUUACUAUUGGUAGAUCAUCUCAGUGACGGUUUAAUGAAUGGAUAACAGGCAAUAGCAGACGACAGUGUUAAUUUUUAGUCAUUCGAAAACACAGUGGCUAAAAAAAAUCAUUAAAAUUUGACUAAUAAAAAAAUUAUAGUAAUAAGAAUUAUCUGAUACUUUUUUUGUAUUGGAUAGGAAGUGUUAAGAAUGGAUAUCUAUCAAAAAGAAAUUUAUAUAUUUCUGCAUAUUUGAGUAUCACAAAUCAGAGUGAUACAUAAACAGUGCGACACUAUGAAUUUGUCUUUUCCAUACAGGAUUUGUAAAUUUUCAUCCAUUUAUUACAUCUUGAUUUGGAUAAAUAUACUUGAUGGCCUGCCUCUUACCAGUGUUCCACAAAAUAAGGGAAAUUUGACAGACUGUACACCAAAAUUUGAAACUAAUGUUCAACAAUGCCUUGAUGGACUUUAUUUCUAUACAUGGAAGACGGAUGUGUUAAAAUUUCAAACAAGGCGCAACCUUUUCAAAGAAAUUUUGAAAAGAUUCUUCUGCAGACAAUAUACCAACAGUUUGCAGUGUAUACAUGAGAUUUUAGAUGGCUGUAAGAUGGAGGAGACAACCAGAACAGUACAGACCUACCUCAGCGAACCUUGGGCGCGCCAGUACAACACCUUCUGUGAUAUUAACCAACAAAACUCCUCUUAUAUAUUUCAAAAUAACUCAAUAGUGUCUCAACGAAAUCUGAGUAAUAAAACAAAACUUAAUACGACUGUGAUGCACUAUACAGACAACUCGACAAUCAAACCAAUCAAAGACCAAAACAGUGAAAUAAACAGAUGGCAAGAGUUGCAAGAAAAAACAGAACAUUUUGUUACUAACGACAAUCAACCUAACAACGGCGAACCUGGUGGUCAACAAUUUACCGACCCAAAAGAAAAUACGAGAGAGAAAGUUUCUACAAACACACUCUUUUAUUCUAAGAGAGCAAAGACACAAAACAGUCCCAAAAGAGAACGAACAGUAGCAGUGGAAUAUAGCAUUUUGUUUAAAAAACUAGCGUCAAAGAAAAUAAAAUUUUCAAUGCAAACAUCUGUUACUGAUGGUAGAAAUUAUAAGCCUUUGGUUCGCAACUUUGAAAUAUUGAUGGAAAUUCAAUAAGUCAGUAAGAUAUUUUUUGUUUGUAACAGAUGCACCAGCAUGAUCAUUAACUUUGCUGCAAAACAGAAAACAUGUGAUACAGUACUUUAACUGAAAGCAUACCUAUUGGAAUCUCUGAAAUGAGACCAGUCUCAAUACCACAACCUUAACAUUUGUCAAUUUCAACCAAUCAGAUUCUCCGGAUUUGAAACUGUCUCUGCUAAUCAGGGUGAGGAGUACUAAUGGAGACUUUUCAUGUAUUUCCUUGUCAGAAUGGGUGAAAAUAAGUCAUACUGUAUAAAGUUUUGUGGUUCCCAUUCAGUGAUUUUUUUUGCCAUUUUGGGAAAAGGUCCGGUACCGGCUGAACUGGGAAAAAUGACGGUAUUUUUUAACCAAAUUGGGAAUUUUAGCGGGGUUUUUACUCAAAUUGGGAAUUUUUGCAAUAAGUCAAUAACAUCAUUUAGAACACUUCUCUUCCUUUAAUUUCAUGUAAACAUCAUCUAAUAAACAUAAUGAAUGGUUGAAUGAUUUAUUGUGAAAUGUCCCUUUUUUCAUAUUCUUGAAAAUGUCAACUGUUGGCUGUCUGAGUCCCUGUAAGAGGGGUCUGACCCUCUGUACAGAGUAACAUAAGUUUUGAAACUCGAUAGUCAUUGACUCUUCAGUCUAAAUUUUCAAGGGUUAAAAUCAGAUUUUCAGAGUCAAGAUCAACAUUUCAGGGGUCAACCUAUACUGAAUGCUUCAAAAUAAGAGCUGCUUUUGCAACAGUGUUCAUAUUUUUCUUACAUGCAGGCUUUGUACUGGCUUUUUAUUUAGAUUGUACUAGAAAAAUCUUGUAAGAAAUGAUGGAAAUGUCCAACAAUUAGUGUCGCGAAAAUGGUCUUUGUGAUAUAUGUUCAAGACAACAUUUAGAAGAAGAAUUACAAAGUAUUGCAAAGUAUUCAGUGCAUAGUUUCGAAACCAAAUUGACAAAAUAUUAUGCAUUUAUGUAAAAAAAAUUCAAUCAGACUAUUUUCAUUGCAUGCAUUAACUUUUUACAUGAACACACUUCAGCUUUUUUUAAAAAAUAAAAUUUGCAGUGAUUGAUAAUGACAGCGCUGUCCUGAGGUCAAUGAAACUAUUAGCUUUUUGUUUUGACCUUGUUAGUUGCAUAUGUCACAUGAGAAAAUACCUCAUUUUAUCAUGCAUUCCAAUUUAUGUUUACAAUAAAUGUGUAAU